AGUGACGAAAGGGAGACCUAUCAGACAACCAAAACACGGACGUGUGUGGAAAAACUUCGUAGCCUCUUAGCAUUUUACACACUGCAUACCCUUUCCUACAUUUCAGACUAUUAUAUUGGGAUGGGCAUAGUUAUUGGCUGUAGUGUGCAAAGCUGCAACCUUCAGCCGGAAAACUGUUAGUCCAGCCUCGAGGAGACGUACCGCUAUUCAAAAUUGAUCUACUGAAGUUUUGUGUGACAGUGUACUCCCAGCUGUCUAGCACAGGGGUGAGAAGAAUAUGAAAACGUUCCGUUCCCCUGCCCGACAUGGUUACGCAGUGGAGAUCUCACCGUUCCUGCCCACACGCUUGGCCUGUGCAACGUCCCAGCACUACGGAAUAGCAGGUGGGGGGACACUUCUGGUGUUGGAGCAGUCGGACACAGCCAUCAGUCUGGUCAGAAGUUUGGAGUGGACGGACGGUCUGUUUGACGUGUCGUGGAGUGAGAGAAAUGAACAUGUUCUGGUGACCGGGGGAGGAGAUGGCUCCCUGCAGCUCUGGGACUUAGGCAAUCAAGCUGGACUUCUGCAGGUUCUGAAGGAACACACUCAAGAGGUGUAUUCUGUCGACUGGAGCCAGACCCGAGAUGAGAAUUUGGUUGUUUCUGGGUCCUGGGACCGCACUGCUAAGGUGUGGGACCCAAGCCGCAGCCAAUCCCUGUGUACUUUCCAGGGUCACGAGGGGGUCAUCUACAGCACCAUCUGGUCCCCCCACAUCCCAGCAUGCUUUGCUUCAGCCUCAGGUGACGGCACCCUGAGGGUUUGGGACGUGAAAUCCGGCGCAUGCCGAUUGGCCAUAUCUGCCCACAAUGCUGAGAUCCUGAGCUGUGAUUGGUGCAAAUAUGACCAGAAUGUGCUGGUGACCGGAGCGGUGGACUGUUCUCUGUGUGUGUGGGACCUUCGGAACGUUAGGAAGCCCCUGUCUCAGCUUCUGGGACACUCCUAUGCUGUACGCAGAGUCAAGUUUUCACCGUACAGUCAGACAAAGCUGGCUUCCUGUUCCUAUGACUUCACUGUCAGGUUAUGGGACCACUCCAGACCUAACCCCCUUCUGGAGACCCUGGAGCAUCACUCAGAAUUUGUCUGUGGCCUGGACUUCAACUUGCACAUCCCCGACCAGGUGGUGGACUGUUCCUGGGAUGAGACUGUGAAGGUCUACACACCCCCCUGUUUGGCCAUGCCCCCUCCCCCCAGCGCUCCAUAGAGGUCACCUGAUCACAGGGCUGGGCCCAGGACUGUUGGCACGACGAUGAAGCUCCAUCACCGCAGUGACUGCAAAAGUGGUGUUGCCAGAACUUGACAAUGGUUGUCAUAGCGAAGCUAUUAGAAGAUUGCUGGGGUAUCCCCCACCCCCCACACACACUGUCCCUCUCUCACACACACACACACAUAUACCUCCUGUUGUAGAGGGAGCAAUAUUGAUGAUGAUGAGGGGGAUUCCUCCCCACUUGCCUUAUUGACAGAAGCUGUGUGUGUGUGUCCAUGCCUAUGUGUGCAUGCAUUUCUGUGUGUGUGUGCGUGCAUAUGUGUGUGUACUGUGCCUUUUUCUGAGUGCAAUAUUAUGUACUUGUGUUCUUUAUGUAAAUGUCUUGUCUGGUGAUUGGAUAAAGGUUCUGCCCUCCUAGAGGCCUUUGCCAAUGACAGGUCUCCCUCCGCUUUAACGCGGGUGAGUUAGUUUUGCAAGCACACGCCUGCUAACUUUCCUGAACCUAACGAACCGUCCUCAGGGGACUACUUUUUCUCUGUUAAUAUUCGUAACAUAACGGGUUUUCUAUCCGCCUCCCCGCGCAGCCCCGCUCUCCUUCCAUCUCUUUGAAGGUUUUAUUUGAGGCAGAGUGGUAGGAGAUGACAGGGCCUGAAAAAGGCCACAAUUUACUGUGACUUCGGCUGGAAUGACUCAUCAGUAAUUAACUAGUGUGUUUGGAGAGAAUGGAUUUGCUGUCUUCCUUUGUACUCAGUCAGAAAAGUGGAUUCAUUUAAUUCAUAUUAGACCGGGUUGUUAUUGUUUUAAUCAUGUUCUAAUUUGAGCUCUUCAGCGCAAACAGAAACUGAGCUAAAUAAACUACAUGGAUUUGUACACGUAA